UCCCGGUUCAAUUCCGUCCCCCGAAAUCCCUCGGCCCCUCGGGCCCCACCUCCGCCCCCUCACCCUAGCGCCGCGAGCGUGCCAGGCGGACACGGCGAACAAGGCGGCGCCGCGGCGGGGUGCUCGCCGCCAGCGUGCGGCCUUCCUGUAGCGAGUAAAGGCGGCCGGCGUACAAGCGGCGGCCAGAAGGCGGGCGCGAAGUCGCGGCUCCACGGCACCUACCCUUGCGGCCAACGCGAUCUCGGCCGCGCCAGCGACGAACAUUCCGCCGAAUGCCUAGGGGGAAUCGGGAUGACAACUGUUGGAGCAAGCGCAACCACUAACUCAAGUGCGAGUGAGCAUGGCACUCAACAAGCCUAUGUCCUUUGCUGGGAGUCGCUGAAUGCUGAUUUGCUGAAGCUGAUUGCUGACCGGGUACUCUCUAGCGACCUGCUGCACUACGUCUGGUUCCGCGCGGUGUGCAAGAAGUGGCGUGCCGCCACUCCUUGCCCGCUUGGCCGUGGCGUGGUUGACCCGCGCUUUCACCCACGGCAAUGGAUGAUGUUUCUGGAGGGCAAUGGGCUUCACCCCGGUCACCCUGCAUUGGGCGGCUACAUCCGCUUCCUCAAUAUCUACACCGGCAUCUUCAUCCGCGUGCACAUCCCAUGCUUCGAGGACCACUCCAUGCUCGACUGCCCUGAUGGCCUCCUUCUCCUACAGCGCAAGAAGGAUGUUGUUAUCUGUCUCCUCCACCCCUUCACCGGUGAUGUUGCCGAGUUUCCUCCCCUUGCUUCCCUCUGCAUGUACAUGAGUAAGUUUGGGAUCUUUCUGAAUGGCCCUUAUGAUCUUCUACUACGAAUGGUCCACACGGCUGUCUCCGUCCAUGCGGGUGGCAGUAUUACCAUUAUGCUCGCUCUCAGCCACGCUGAGCGCAUGGCAUACGUAUCCACUGGUGACAAGCACUGGACUCACACAAGCUGGAUAAUGAGUGGCAUGAGGACAGCACUACCAUUCCUUGGCAGCCUCUACAUGGUGAGGAGCUCGAAAAACAAACCCUCACAAAUCAUGCGCGUCGAUCCACCAGAUAGCUCCAGUUCCUCCUCGUGGUCGUCUACACCACCGCAAAUGAUCGCCACAUGUCCAGCUAAUCAGAUGGUUAAGCCUUAUCUGGUGGAGUGCAAUUCUGAACUUCUUCUGGUUGUCUAUACCGACAGAAAGUCCCGGCUUGUGGUUAUUCGGCUUGCUGACCUCCUGCUUGGAGUACCUGCCACGCCAUUGACAAGCAUCGGUGACCACGCCCUCUUCAUUGGCACUUGGAGCAUGGCCGUCAACUCCACCAACCUACCAUCCGUUCAGGGGAACUCCAUCACUGUCCUCAUCCCACGUAAGAGUGGCCGACUGCGGCAAUAUGAUCUGCGCACAGGUACCUGGUCGCUACUGUGUGAUGGAUACUUCCUCAAUGCUAACGGCCCCAUACCAAGGCCAUACAGUCUUGUCCACCACAUUGUCAGUUGUUGCCAGCGUCUUUACUGGCUCAGUGGACACAUUUGGACCCGCUACCAUCGUUCUCAACCUUGUUGGACUAUAGUCGCUUUAGCACAUAGAAAUGUUUGUGCAGUCUGCAGUGAUCAGUUGAAGGCUAUUCAUCUUUCCAAUAUCUAUGUUUGAACGUCUCUGCUUUGGCCACAUAAGGUUUGGGAUGUAUUUGGCUGUGUGUUUGCCUCUACAGUGUGUCUACUUUUGUUAAGAUAUUUCAGUCUAACUCGGAUGAAUUCAGAAAUAUUCUCCCUUUGAACUGUGUUGAGCCUUUUAUCA